AUGGCGGAACACUUUGCGACGAAAGAGUUAACAGAAUUAGCAAUAAAAAGUUGGUUCUGUGCAGCUGACAUAAAUGCACCAAGUGGAUGCGGUAGGACACUAACAGCUACCACCUCCUAUCAAACGCUUGAGGACACCGUGGGUGAGAGAGGUGCACGUAAUGCAAAAGAUGAGUUUACGAUGUGCCACUAUUGGAUUAAGGGACCAGCUGGCUCAACGAUCGAGGUGAUACUUGAUGAGUUCUCGCACGGCGUGUCUAACGAUGGCUGCAAUUAUGCUGGAGUUGAAAUUAAAACAGGAAGUGAUAAACGUCGUACUGGUUACAGAUUCUGUUCUCCAAGAUUUGCUGGAACAUCCUUGGUCUCUACGCACAAUAUCGUCCCUAUAAUUACAUUCAGCAGGCUCUACGAAGUCAGAACCGUCUUGCGUUAUCGAAUCGGUAAUCUGGAAAUGAAUAUUAGCACUAUUUCAGCUCUCAUCUUUCAACUAUUUACCACUGUAAUGACUGUUGCAGUUUCCACUGGCACAACUCCGAUGACUACUGAGCCAACGCCUGCGCCGACAAGGACGUCUGCUCCAGGUUGCAGAGAUAGCAUUGUGUGCUCUGCGCUACUGAAAUGGGAUUUCUGUAAUAAUACCAAAUAUGAUGACAAGUUAAGAAGGCAAGUCUGCCCAAAAUCGUGCAAUUUCUGUUAA